UCUUGCCUCCUAUCCCUACAACCAGAGUUUUGAAGCCCUUCAAGCCAAAAAACCAGAGAGGUGGUGGAGAGGCAGCAGAGGUUGCAGAGAGGUAGAGGAGGAAGAUAAUCUGCAGCUGAUCACUGCUGAAACUUAGGAGGGGGAAGCAACCAUCCAAUGGCCACCAUGAUCACCUCAUCCAUCCUCAACCCCAAGUCCCUGGCUGCACCAAACACACCCCCCACCAACUCCAAACCCAUUAAGAUCCAACCAGCAGGCCUGGUCCUCCCCCUCCAGAACCUCCCCAAGCCGCUUACCAGCUUGAAAACAGCAACGGGAGCAGUAAUUGCCACCUCCCUCCUUUCGCCGCUUUCCGCCUCUGCCGCCGAACAGAUCGCCGACGUCGCCGCAGCUGCCGGCGGCGAAGACAACCGCGGUCUGGCUCUCCUCCUCCCCAUUAUCCCAGCGAUUGGGUGGGUGCUCUUCAACAUCCUGCAGCCUGCCCUGAACCAGCUCAACAGAAUGAGGGAGACCAAGGGGUUGAUUGCGGGUGUUGGCAUUUCUGCUGCUGCUGCUGCAUCUGGGCUGCUCUACGCACCAACCUCAGAUGCCCUUGAGAUUGCUCAGAUCGCUGAGGCUUCUUCCGAAGACAACAGGGGCCUGUUGCUGCUCUUUGUGGUCAGCCCUGCCCUUGCAUGGGUGCUCUACAACAUCUUGCAGCCCGCGUUGAAUCAGCUCAACAGGAUGAGAUCUGAAUGAUCUUUGUACUGCUGUGAUCUCUGCAUGAUCUUGAAAAGGAACUUUUUAGGACAUUUUGGGGAGUUUUGCAUCUGUGAAUUUACAUGGCUUUCUGGUUAAGCAUGACCCUUUCGUCUCGAUUACUUCUUGAAUUUCUCUGUAUAUCAUGACCUUGAAAGUGCUUUUGUAAUAUAUCAA